AUGGCAAAACUCGCGGUGCUGAUUGGCCACCUCUGCUUCUGGCUGGGCAGAUCGAACCCCAGCGUUUGUGGCAGCAAACCCGAUGAGGUCUCUGGUUGUCAGAUGAAGGACAUGGGCUCCUGCGGCAAUGCUUGCUGUGUGGUGGAGGUUGGGUUGAAGACAACACCAGAGCAGACAUAUGAGCUGACAAAGAAAACUCUGCAAGACCUGAGCGAGGAUGGCUUCACGUACGUCACCGGAGGAGAACCAAAUCCUGGAGACGACCUUCGGCCGUACAACAUCUCCAGCCCAGAGAUGUUCAAAUUCAUCCUCCAGGGUCGCCACGAUGCUCCCAAGUACUAUGGCACCAACGGCGACAUCCUAAACUUCGCCAUCUACCAGAGGAGUGGUGCUUCGAGCGGCUCGGUGCUGAGGAUGUUUUCUCUGAGCCGCAUCCAUGGUGCCCUGGGCGACAAUGGACAGAACUACAAAUCGCUAUCCUUUUUGGCGGAGAAGAUGCAGAUUCAAAGUCAACUGGCGGUGAAGCACGGCUGUGGAGCUCCACUGUCAUCACCGCCAAAGGAACUCAACGAAGACUCGUCGGCGUCCUUCCCAAGCUACUGUGGAGGUGAUGCAUCCAAGGAUCCAGACUGCGCCAGAAAGGACUUUGGCUCCUGCGGCAACGCCUGCUGUUUGGUGGAGCUGCAGCUGAAUCAGAGCCCUGAAAAGGUGCACCAGGCGUUGAUCGACGGGUUGACUCCAAGCAACGGCUUUUCUUAUGUCACCGGUGGACAGCCGGACCCAGCGGACGAUCUCCGGCCGUACAACAUCACCAGCCCGGAGAAGUUCCAGUUCAUUGCGCAGGGUCGCCACGAUGCUCCCAAGUACUAUGGCACCAACGGCGACAUCCUAAACUUCGCCAUCUACCAGACGAGCGGUGCUUCGAGUUCGGUGUUGAGGAUGUUUUCUGUGAGCCGCAUCCAUGGUGCCCUGGGCGACAAUGGACAGAACUACAAAUCUCUGUCGCUCCUGGCCAAGACCUUCAAUGCUGACAUGAACGUCAAGUAUGGCUGCGGCCUGAAGAGCGAAGUGAACCUGGUGUGA